UCAGCCAAGGUCAUUCUCCAGGCCCGCCCACGCCCUCGGAGCGCCUGGCUCGGAGUGGGCUGGACGGCGAUCUCGGGGCUGCCGGGGACUCCUGGCAAGCCCCGGGGCGGGUGGACGGUCGCUGCGCCGGGGCGUCGCUUGCCGGCACCUGCGAGGGCGUUGGCGUUAAUCACAAGCGAGGAUGUGUUUACAGGAUGUGAGUUGAGUUCUUGCCACCUUUACCAUCUGAGAGCUUCUGGUGCCUCAUGGUGACAGGUGCAAAUACUGAAGGGCAAUAUGAAGCCAGUAAAAAAAAAGAAAACCGAGGAACCCGAGUUGGAGCCCCUGUGCUGCUGUGAGUAUAUAGAUCGAAAUGGGGAAAAGAACCACGUGGCUGCCUGUUUGUGUGACUGUCAAGACCUCGAUGAAGGCUGUGACAGAUGGCUUACCUGUAAAUCAGUGCGGCCAGAGACUUGCGAAAGGAUCACAGAUACCAUUUCUGAUCGCCUCCGAAUUCCUUGGCUUAGAGGAGCCAAGAAAGUUAACAUUAGCAUCGUCCCGCCCCUCGUGCUUCUGCCGGUUUUCCUUCACGUGGCUUCCUGGCACUUCCUGCUGGGGGUGGUGGUUCUGACCUCCCUUCCCGUGCUGGCGCUCUGGUACUACUACCUCACUCACAGAAGGAAAGAGCAGACGCUGUUUUUCCUGAGCCUUGGACUGUUCUCACUGGGCUACAUGUACUAUGUGUUCCUGCGGGAAGUGGUUCCCAAAGGGCACGUAGGGCCUGCUCAGCUGGCUCUUCUUACCUGCGGGCUGCUCCUGAUACUCUUAGCCUUGUACCGAGCCAAGAAGGAUCCAGGCUACCUCAGCAAUCCAGCAUGCAAUGGCAAAUCCCCAAGCAACAGCCAGAUCGAAUGCCCCAUCAGAAAAGGGCAGGAGAAGACCAAAGGGGGGUUCCCCGGAACAGAUUCCUCAGGGAGCCUCAACAACCGCACACUGAAGGAUGAUAUCAAGGGCUCCUCCAGGGUGGGACUUGACAGCCCUGCCAAGGUGAAGGAGGACUGGUGUGCCAAGUGCCAGCUAGUACGACCCGCCCGGGCAUGGCAUUGCCGGAUAUGUGGUAUCUGUGUAAGGAGAAUGGAUCAUCAUUGUGUCUGGCUUUCUUGUAUAUCGUGUGGGUUAUCCGAGACGUUUUCAAAUGUGUUUUCCCCCUCUGCUGUUUUGAGGAUAAACAGCUGCGUUGGAGAAUCAAAUCAUCAAGCAUUUAUACUUGCCCUUUUGGUCUUCUUGCUCACUUCUGUGUACGGGAUAUCGCUGACCUUGAACACCAUUUGUAGGGACAGAAGCCUCUUCACAGCCCUUUUCUACUGUCCUGGAGUUUACACAAAUUACAGCUCGGCUCUGUCCUUCACCUGUGUGUGGUACUCCGUGAUCAUCACAGCAGGCAUGGCCUACAUCUUCCUCAUCCAGCUGAUAAACAUCAGCUACAACGUGACCGAGAGGGAAGUCCAGCAGGCCCUUCGGCAGAAGACAGGCCGCCGGCUCCUCUGUGGGCUCAUCGUGGACACAGGCCAGUACAACAGGGGCUUUCUGCGCAACUGGUACCAGUUCUCCACCCUGGGCGCACACACGGUCCACGCCCCUGCCGAGGACAUUGUCUGAAGUGCCUUCCAUGCAGCUCUGAGGGACACUCCUUUUUCGCUGUCCUUCCGUUCACACUUCAGUGUCCACGCAGGGUUCACCGCCAUCACCCCCCUCUCUGAGGUACUGCAGGGCCAUGCUCAGGUUUGAAGAAAGGACUGAAGAAAAGGAGAUUUUUCUUCUGACUUCCUAACUUAAGGGAUUUGAAUGCUGAAGCUGCAAGGGUAGAGCCAUUCCUUUCCAGUCACCUUGCUGAAGCUGCAAAGGAUGUGGAUUACUCAUGCCCAGGCCAGGAGGAGGAGUUUCUGUCCGUUCAGAUGAGGAAAAGCGUUAGUUCAAAGGGCAGUUCCUAGCCCUCCUUUUCAAUUCUUAAUAGCCAUAUGACCCCUCGGUAGUCACCUUCCCAAGUCUCAGGUUCAUCUGGAUGGGGGCUUCUGCUGCCUGGCUGCCUCACGGAGCAGCCAUGAGGGCCACCUGAGGAGGGACCUGGAAAGCACUCCAGUCCAACUCAGGCAUUGGGAGGUAGCAGGUGUUAUUAGGGAAUCCCUAAGACUGAAGCAGACUGCUUGUCGAUCAGAAUACUGAAGCCAAUAUUACGAUGUUAUAGAAAUUCUCCCGAAGUGUUAGACCUCGUUCUCACGGAUCAGAGGUGAUAAGAGAUCGUUGCUGGUCGUCUCGUCUUGAGAAGGGCAGCUGACGAAAGGGAUAAUGACUAUCCACGCAGUGUGGCGUGGGCAGAAAUUUAAGUGACGAGUGUCUAUUAAUGUAUCGUUUUAGGUUUACUGUAAUUCUAACAAUGUUUUAUUUUCCUCCGUCCACAUUUCACCUGGUGAGGUGCUAGCACACUGGUGGCCGGAAGGGGAGGAACUGUCCUGUGAGAACAUUUUACCCUUUUUCCUGGCUAGGGAGGCUGAUUAAUAUCAAGGGCUUGAUUUUUUUUUUUUAAUUGUGCGUGUAUUUCUAGUGCUGUAGGUUUAUAGCACAAAAUGGGAACUUCCGUCUGGCAUGAACUCUCUCUGGGUGACUGACACUUUCCCAGUCCACAUUGUUUCUUGUUCCCCUUCCCUACUAAAA